AGUGUUGACAUGGUCGCCUAGGGAAUUUCAAGCGUCUCUUGCAUUCAAUUAGGAAGAAAAAUGGGAACUUACUGACCAAAAGACACCGACAUCUCCUCUCUUUGCGUUUCUGGUCCUCCUUUCUUUAAUUCUUUGACAGCACGGGCAGCUGGCUCGGAGAUGUAAAGUACAAUCGAAAUGAGUUUCUUCGCGGCAUCCCGUGAAAACAUCGAAUUUCCUCAGUGAAUAGUUUAAUUUCAAAACAUCCAGCCUCUUUUGUGAAUCACCCACGAUCGAAUGACUUAGUUUGGGGCAAGAUACCAGUGCAAAUUUGGGACGAAAAAUAGACUUCAGCUGCUCUUCAACGAAUGUUUUAGUGAUUAUACAAUGUUUUCCUUAAAAUGGCGAGCUGGUAAAAAAGAGCUGCUAGGUUUAAUUUUGGAAUGAUGAUACAUUCGAUCAAGAUUUUGCUUGGUCCACUUUGUGAAGGAUGGAAUCCGCAAAAAGACCCAGUAUGAGAAGAUUCUUUUUUUAUGGGGAGCACUUACUGGGGCUUGAAGAUCUUUUAGUUGGAGGAAAUGCAAAUCUGGAUUUACUCGGUUUUUAUAACCGUAUGGUAUGGAUGUUUGAAUGUUGUGUACUGCCUAGCAAUACAGCUGCCCUCUUCUUCCGGGACAACGGCGUUCACGCAGAGGACGGUCGUAUCAGUUACACCAACAAUAUCAGUGGACACUUCGAUAGUUACCGCAAGGGCAGCGCCAACUCCUGUGAGAUCGAGUGUUUCAGCCUCAGCUUCACUUCAAACAGAAGUAACUACCAACAAGGCAUACACCCUUUCCGCUACCGAACCUCGUCCUGAAACAGAGAUUACGCAGGCCGAGCCUCAUACUGAAGGAGAGGCGCGGGCAGAAGGCGAGUCAACUGCAAUAAGUGAACAAGCAGGAGAAUCUGAGCCAUAUGUAGAACCAGAGACGUGGCCGGAGCCAGGGCCAAGAUGGAGUGAGGCCUUUGAAAAAUGGAGGGCAGCUUGGUACAUUCAUGUCUAUUUCUUCGCCAUCGCUUUCCUCGCCAUUGGAUCUUAUGCUGGUUAUUACGUCAUCUUGAACAUUUACGACGGCUUAAGAGGAAAAUACCUCAGUGUUUGUUUAAACGGUAUGGUUCUGCUGUUUGGUACAACCAGGGCCUUUGUGCUGUUUUUGGAUCCGUAUCAUCAAGGGAGCUUAAUAAAGGCUCUUUUCACAAUGCGCCUGUUAUGGUCCAUCGGCGGCCCUUGUCUCACCGCCUCUGACUCCCUCAUAAUUUUGGCCCUGGUAGAGACCGCUCGUGUGUCCAUUGCGCCUCCAAGAUUUCAGAGGCUCGAAACAAUUUCGAUCGUGAUUGCAUUCCAUUUUGUUCUCGUUAUCGUUUCAGACACAAUCGUUUCUAUUUACAUGGAAGCAAAAAUCAUGAUUUUACUCUGUCAGUUAUUCUUCUCCGUUUGGGGAAUUACGUUAGGUGCCGGAUACGCAAACCUCGCGUACAAACUCGACAAGCAACUCUUCAGUCAUAAACAGAUCAAGGAAAAGGGAGAUAAAGUAUAUAUAUUUCUCAUUUACGCCUCUGCCGCGGCAAAUUUUUUCAUUUGCGGCGUUAUGAUCUACACCGCAGUGGGUGUUUUUGGUGUGUAUACAGACAUUGAAUUCGUGGACGCCUGGCACUGGUGGACGUUGCAAACGUUAUUUCGCACUGGGGAAGUUAUAACCUGCGUCUUGAUUUUCACGGUUAGCGCCAAGAGAUCACGAGUAAAGCAAGCUGCAGAUGAAGUUUCUGACUUUGAUUCUCGGUCACAAACGUUUGAUUCGAUAGACGGAUGUUCCGCGUUUCGAAAAGUUCGAUCGUUUUUUGACAGAUGUAGAAAACGGGCAACGAUCUCUGAUAUCGCAGAUGCCUUUAAGGAUGAUUCAGAGACAAUUGUGGUGGUCAGUAGAAGUAGUUUUAAAAAGAGAACUGCUGGUAAAGGCAACGAUGAAGAUGAUGUCCUUCCCCCUGUUUUUGAAGCAUUUCAAGAGAGGGACAGGGGGAGAAGGCAAGAUUUGUUUUCUCAUAUGCGUGAGGUGACUGUCGAAAAUCAAAUUGCGCAGCUCGACGCGAUGGCUCCAGCGGUUGCUCCUAGACCAAGGAGGGGUCGAAGACAGAGUUUAUUUUCUGCCAUGCAUGAAGCUAGCAUAAACAGCGCUAUUUCCUCGUUUGCUCAGCAAAUAACUGAAGCCAGCGAAGAACCCAUGAAAUGUGAGUCUUUCGAAACAGAUGGGGAGCUUAACGAGGAGCCAAAACCUCUCCCUCGAAGAGGCCGGCGGACUAACGUUUUCUCGAAUCUUCCGGAAACAAAACCGGAGAGGAAAAAUCCUCGUCAAGGCAUGAUGGAAGAUAUUGUUGAGGAAUCAACUGUUUACGAAGGGGAGGGUGACUCGAUUAGGAGACGCCCACCACUAUUGAAAAUGCGGAGUUCAGACAGAAUGCGUCAGUUAAUUAAUACUUGGCUCUCGCGAACUAAAGGUUCUCCCGAUGAACCGAAAGACAUUGCCGAGGAAGAGGAACCAAAAAUUGAAAGAGAUGAGAAUUCUGCGACAGAUUCCCUUCCUACAGAAAACUGUUGAUGACCUUGUAACUAACUUGCUUGUAAAAAGCCAUCUUUUUGGGUUCCUUGUGAAUAAUGCACAAGCCUUCAAAGCAUUUGAAACAUCCCUGUACCUCUUUUAAAGAGCAGUUUUCGACGUAGAUCGUCUUUAGUACCACUGAAUACAUCUCUUCCUGUUCCUGUUUGAUUCACAUAAUAUCUCUUCACAAUAAAAUUGUGGAAAUCUUGUGUUUCGUAUCUUGCAGCAUUAAGACCGAAAUAUUUAACUCAUGCUUUUGUUUACUGAAUUAUUAGAGUCUGUUUGUUUGUUUGGUUGGUUUGCUUUGCUGCAGCAGUUUUUCUUUCAAAGAGUUGGAGGGUGGAGGGGUGCUUAAGGUGAUUCUUUAGUAGAGUCAAAGCAGCCCAAAACACAGCCAGGUUGGGUAAAAGAAAAGCGCACAUUUUGUGACAUUAUAAGAAAACAGAGGGAGGGGGAAUGAUAAAUUUUUAAGGAAGCAAGAAUUCCCAUUGCAGCAUAUAACUGCGCAACAAGGAGCCAGUAUAGAUAAUAAAAUAUAAUAUAAAAUAAAAAAAUAGAAAACCAGAAAAUUUCUCCUGCAUGGCUCUUUGAUAAAAAGCCGUAAGGCCCUGUCGAGCCAAUCAAAUAGACCUUAUGAAAAAGAUUUUUAUCCUACUGAAGCCAAUCUCGUCAACGUUAAAAAGACUCAAAUCAUAUCAGUCCACACUCAAUCACAAAGAAUUAUAGCCCCUUCAUUGAUUCUAAGUGAUAAACAUUCCUAAAUGAAGUGUUUCAACUACGCCAUGUUCUAUGUUGUUCCUGUUUUAGAACCAUAAUCUCAGCAAUGAUUAAUUCAAAGUUAGUAAUAAUAGUUUUUCUAUUAAUCAAAAUAUACAGAGAAAAAUAACCGGCUGGUCUCUACUUUGCCUUUGAUAGAUCCAGUAGUUAUUCAAGAAUAUUUUUAGCAAUAUUCAUUGAUUAAGAUUUUCUCUAUAAAGCUCGUUGUAACACUGUGCGAUUUUUGGCUAUUGUACCGUGAGUAAGCUUUAAUACGUAAGAGAAACUGAAACAUGAAUUGCGCAAGUAGAGACAAAAUACUUUAGGUGAAUAAAACAUCAAAUGUG